AUCCUCUCGCGAAACUUGGAUCUUCGCUAGCGAUUUUUCGACCUAGGCUUUGGUUAUCUUCCACCCCUAUUGCAGAAAAUUUUAAUAAUUUUCUACUAAAUCUAGGGGAUUUCAGCCUGAAAAUCAACAGCCUAGCCAAUCUAGAUACCUACUCCAGUUCAAUUAAAUUUACUUUGGACAAUUUGUUUAUAGAGUGGUGCAGUUUGAGUCGAGUAAAUUUGGGUACAUGUUCUGCCAGCCCUCGCGGUAACGGAAAAGCCGCUGAAAUACGGGCAGAAUGGAGCCCAACAUAGCGACGAGAAAUUUUGCUGCAUUAGAUAGAUUUAUUCGAAUUUUAAAAUUCUGGCUUAUAAUAGCAGUACUGCUAGUCGUGUCCCUAGAGCAGACAUCAGCAGGGGGAAAAUCUCAUGGGAAAGCUCUGGAUGUUUUUCUUGGAAUCUGCCCACCAGGAGUCAUUGAUGAGAGCCACUGUGGUGCAUGUGGUUGCAUAGGUCCUAAAGGAGAUAGAGGUCGGUCCGGAUUUAUAGGGCCACAAGGUGCACAGGGGUCAGUUGGACCACCAGGGCCAUCGGGAGUACGCGGGCCAAAAGGUUAUCCAGGACCCAAUGGUGUUCCUGGAUCCAGGGGUGAAAAGGGAGAUGAUGGAGCCAGUGGAGAAUCAGGUUUCCCUGGUUACAAAGGACACAGUGGUAGGGAUGGUUACGCUGGUCGGCCAGGUGUGCCUGGCACCCCAGGUUGCAAUGGAUCAAUAGGAGAUCCCGGAGUACCUGGUCGCCCCAGCCCCCCAGGACAAAAAGGACGUAGGGGACCAGACGGACCAAAGGGCCCCAGGGGUGAUCCAGCACCGAUUGUGUUGGUACCCAAGGGUGAUGGAGGUGACCAAGGUAUGCGUGGAAGUCAAGGGCCAUCUGGAAGACAAGGAGAAAAUGGACGAAUAGGAUUUAGAGGGGAGACUGGCGAUACUGGUGAAAAGGGUGAAAGAGGACCAAUUGGACGAAAGGGCGAGAGAGGAGGAAAACCAGGACCAAAUAUCAACCUCAAAGGCGAGCAAGGACCUAAGGGAGAACCAGGCGAGCCUGGUCUACUCAGAGGGGAUGGCAUGAAAUCUGAUAACAUUAGAGGCCCAAGGGGCAUAAAGGGUAUAAAAGGCAUGCUUGGCAUGAAAGGAGUAAGAGGACCGACUGGAGAAAUGGGUGGAAAUGGUAGUGUUGGUAUGGUUGGUGAAAAGGGGCUUCCUGGAUUUGCUGGACCAAGGGGUCCACAAGGUGACCCGGGCAAAAAAGGAGUGAAAGGAUUCCGUGGAGUUCCUGGAGACAAUGGACCACAAGGAUUAAGAGGAAGAGACAGCCCUCCUGGUGCUCGGGGAGAUUAUGGAGAAGAUGGAGACCCAGGACCCAAGGGAGAGUCGGCAGUGUUCAAGGGAUUUGCCAGAGGAAGACCAGGCUCACCAGGUAUUAAGGGUAAUAGGGGUCCCACGGGCUCCAAAGGCCAGCAAGGUGAUCAAGGACCCUUCGGCCGUCCUGGAUUACGUGGUGGUCGUGGUGAUCCAGGGUUCAAGGGCCGUAGAGGUACCACAGGAAGGAGUAUAGACGGAGAACCUGGAGACCCUGGAUCCGAAGGUAUUCCUGGUAUUAAGUUUGGAAGUAAAGGAAGUCGUGGUGAAAAAGGUGAAAAGGGAGAGAUAGGGUAUACUGGCUUCAUCGGAUUUAGUAUCCCAGGUGUUCGUGGAAUGGACGGUGGAAGAGGACAAGAUGGACCAGAAGGACCCGAGGGACCGAAAGGCUAUAAAGGACUUCAAGGGCAAAGAGGUGACGGUCCAGAUGGUCCAAUUGCAGGAGAUAGAGGAGAUAUUGGGCCAAAGGGACAGAAGGGUGACAGGGGACAAAAUGGGCGAAAUGGCACCCCAGGACAACCUGGCAGUAAAGGCGAGCUGGGAGGGGUCUGUGAAGGGUGUCAGGAUGGGCCUAAAGGCAUAAAAGGAGAUGGUGGCCCACAGGGCUUCGAUGGACCAGAUGGUCUGAGGGGAGAUAAAGGCAUCAUUGGCCCAAAAGGUUUCAUGGGUGAUGAGGGAGCUUCUGGUUCAAAGGGUUCUACUGGACUUCAAGGAGAACCGGGCCCACCUGGUCUUGCAGGGUUACCAGGCCUUGAAGGUUUACCAGGUGAAAGGGGUGCUGAUGGAAUUUCUGGUAGUGAUGGACCAGAAGGAUUAGAAGGAAAUCCGGGGCAAAACGGUGAACGGGGAGAUGCUUUUGGAAUGCCAGUAGAAUUACAAGGUGAUAAAGGCGUAACAGGCGAUAAAGGAGCUAUCGGUCUACCAGGUGUUGAAGGAAGUGAGGGUCCACGGGGACCAAAAGGUGUCAAGGGAAUUGGUUUUCAGGGCGCAAAAGGGGAAAAAGGGGAGGAUGGACCAAGGGGGCUCAAAGGCGCUUUAGGACAGAAAGGACAAAAAGGUGAUGAUCGAAUGGAUGUUGCUGUACCUGGACAGAGAGGUGCACCUGGUCUUCCAGGUGAUCCAGGAGUUCCUGGGCUUGAUGGAUUAUAUGGAGACCCAGGGAUCAAAGGUGUACGGGGAACCUAUGGUCAGGAAGGUGAUGUAGGCCCUCAAGGAUCUAAAGGCCUUCCUGGAAUUCCUGGAAUCCCAGGUCUUGCUGGGCCUAGAGGUGAUGUUGGUAUAAAAGGCGAAAAAGGUUCCCCUGGUCUAGAAGGACUAGACGGAUUUAAUGGUUUUGAUGGGUUCCCUGGUGGUGUUGGACAGGUUGGUGAUUUCGGGGAGCCUGGAGCUCCUGGGUUUCUUGGACCAUCUGGAGAAGCAGGCUUGAAGGGCGAGAAGGGCGACAGAGGACCGUCAGGUUUAUCUGGCCUAUCAGGUCAAUCUGGUUUACCCGGUAUAAAUGCAAUUUCAGCCGAGAAAGGUGAAAGUGGCCUCGGAUUAGAUGGCAGAAAAGGUGUGGCGGUGAAGGGUAAUACUGGGCCACCUGGUUUCCGAGGACCAAAAGGGUUUCGGGGUACUCGAGGUCUAAAUGGUUUCCGAGGAGGAUUUGGAGACAUAGGUGCUAAUGGUGUGGCUGGUGCUGUAGGAGAGCCAGGACAAAAAGGAUAUGUUGGUAUUAGAGGGGAUAAAGGUCAACUAGGCAGACCAGGCUUAGUAGGAGACUUGGGGGAAAAGGGUGUCAGAGGCGAUAUUGGAGAUCGUGGACCACAAGGGGCAGAAGGGCCAGAUGGCUUCGACGGAUUUGCUGGACGAAAGGGUAGUGUAGGAUUUAGAGGAGAAACGGGAAUAAAAGGAUUGGUUGGUUUUAAUGGACCACCAGGAAUAAAUGGUGAUAAGGGAGUUAGGGGAGAUCCAGGGCCGUCGGCACAAGAUGGUGCCAAAGGUCAGCCUGGCCUUGGAGGUGAUACUGGGAUACCAGGGUUACCGGGCCAACGUGGUGGGAAUGGCAGACCAGGUCCCAAAGGUUUGGUAGGAUUUAUUGGUCAAACAGGAAGCAAUGGUGAGAAAGGUCAACGCGGUGUCAAAGGGCGAAAGGGCCCCGAUGGAGCAGAUGGAGAAAGGGCAGGAAUUGGCCCUAGAGGAUACGUAGGAAUUAAGGGAUACACUGGGAUAAGAGGUCUGCGGGGAGAAAUGGGUGAAGCUGGAGUGCCUGGUAAUAAUGGUAAUACUGGUUUAGAUGGUGUUAAUGGAGAGAAAGGUGAAAUUGGUUCACCUGGAUUUCCUGGCUUCAGAGGUCAGCCAGGUCAACCUGGUAGUAAUGGUUUGGAGGGAUUUAAAGGGGUGAAAGGUCUACCAGGUGAAGUAUUAGGUGGAUCUUCUGGUGCACAAGGUGAACCCGGAUUUGUCGGCCUACAAGGAAAUAGUGGAUUUACAGGAGUACCAGGAAUUAAUGGCGAUAAUGGACUAGAAGGCCGCCCAGGAUUUGAUGGACGAAGAGGUGAUAUUGGACCAACCGGCUUACCAGGUCCAUUUGGAGAUCCUGGAUUCACAGGAAAUACUGGUUUGAAAGGAGCCAAAGGCGACACUGGUAAUCCAGGUCCCAAUGGACAGCCUGGUCAAAUUGGCGACAUAGGUGAAAAUGGCGAAGACGGUGAAGACGGAGAAGUUGGUCCACAAGGAAUUGCUGGAAAUAAUGGACAACCCGGCAGCAUAGGGAUUUUAGGUAUACGUGGUGAAAAGGGUUUCCCCGGUAUCUCAGGAGACCCAGGCAGAGCUGCACCCGUUGGUGUCAAGGGAGAGAAGGGAGACAGGGGUAUUCCAGGCUUCUUCGGUUUUGAUGGACGAAAUGGUCCCACUGGUGACCGUGGAAAUAAAGGUUUUAAAGGUUUUAUAGGAAACAGGGGAGAUGAAGGCCGACCAUCGGUCAAAGGGAUACGUGGAGAUAUUGGUCCACCAGGAAACCCUGGAUUCGCAGGAUUCAAAGGUCCUAUUGGUGAUGUUGGUAGUAAGGGGCAACCAGGAGAUAAUGCACAACCAGGAGAGAAGGGUAAUGCAGGCUUCCCUGGGCUACAGGGAGCCCCAGGACUAGAUGGACCAGAUGGAUUUGAUGGUGGCAUUGGAAUCACGGGUCAACGAGGGCAAAAAGGAGAGCGAGGGAAUGAUGGUUUCACAGGCUUACGUGGAGAUAAAGGAAUAGAUGGUCCUCGUGGUAGAAUUGGACAACCAGGUGAACCUGGACAAAGUGGGGAAUUUGGUAGAAAUGGUGAUCCUGGUGCCCCAGGGCAGAGGGGACCGCCUGGCGAUAUAGGUGCACGUGGAAGUGUUGGAGAUCGUGGCCCAAAAGGUUUUAAUGGAAUACCAGGAGAUAAUGGUAACCCAGGAUUCCAACCCCUACGAUCCAAGAAUGGGCUUCUCAUUGUUAGACACAGCCAGGCUACCGGUAUUCCAACGUGUCCAGGUGGCGCCACAAUGCUUUGGUCCGGCUACAGUCUGCUGUAUGUCGAGGGCAAUGACAAAGCUCAUCACCAAGAUCUUGGUAUGGCUGGCUCAUGUCUACCUCGUUUUAACACCAUGCCAUUCAUCUUCUGCAAUUUUGGCGGUACCUGUAACUAUGCGAAUCGCAACGAUAAAUCUUAUUGGCUAGCAACCAGUGAAUCAAUCCCGAUGAUGCCAGUUGAAGACACCGCGAUUGAACCUUACAUCAGUAGAUGCGCAGUUUGUGAGGCUGCUUCAUCUGUCAUGGCAGUUCAUAGUCAAUCGAGUAACCUCCCCUCGUGCCCAACUGGGUGGAGAUCAAUUUGGGCUGGAUUUAGUUUCCUAAUGCAUACUGCGUCCGGACCUGAGGGCGGUGGUCAAUCGCUCUCAAGUCCUGGUUCCUGCUUAGAAUCCUUCCGUGCAUCACCCUUCAUCGAGUGUAAUGGCCGCGGACGCUGUCACUUUUUCAAUAAUGCCUACAGCUACUGGCUAAAAGCUAUGGCCCUUAAUAGUAUCGACUUUGAUGAGCCGGAGAGUGAGUUGAUCAAGUCGGCCACAGGAACAAGUAACGUGAUAAGUCGAUGCCGCGUCUGCCAAAAACAAUGAACAUCUACAGGAAUGUGAAAAUCGUUGUAUAUGAACUGUCAUAUAUGUGUUUACUGAGUUAACUUUGUGUUAACUGUAUAUGAGACACUACUAUGCUAAAAUCAUGGUCGAUAAACAAAAUUUAGAAUUUUACUAUGUGUAGUACUUUACAAAAAAAUAUAACUACAAUUUCAUAUUUUUAGUAGAAAAUAAAUCACAAAAUGAGUACUUAGAUACUAGCAGUUUUUUAAAACAUUUUUAAAAAUCAAUGUUUAAAUUUUAAAUGUAGCAAUUUAAGUUACAAUUGUAAUUGUUACUCAUUUGCAGAAGUAAAAAUUAGGUCAAAUUAAUAGACUGAAUUUAAUUUUAAUCUUCAAAGGUGUUAACAACACCUUUUCAUUUUAAUUUCCAUUGACAAGUUGUUUCAGGUUUUUUAAAUACUGUAUACAUAAUCACCACCACAUUAAUUAUUUUAUAGAUAGAAACCAGUAGCAUUGGUUUAGUGUCUAAAAUGUAUUACUGUAUUCUCGUAAGUAAUCUAAAUUAUGUCAUUCUCCUGGUGUUUAAUUUGAAUUUAACAUUUGUACCAAUUUGGUUGCAAUUAUCUGUUGCUGGAAAUAUAGAGAUUUAAUCUAGCAGUAGAAAUUUGAUUUAGUUUACAGUACAUUUUAACAUAUAUCAGCAUAAUCAUCUUUCUUAUUUUAUAUUUCUACCCUGUUAUAACAUUUUAAGGAACAACUAUAAUUACACAUCAUUAAAGAUUGUGUCAAUACUUACUGUAUUAAACGAUUUUAAUAUUAUUACAGUAUCUAUUAUGUAAAUAUGUAUUUUCUUGCUGUUUCAUUUCGACAGCCAUUUACUAUACUAUUUAUCUCUUGUAGCAGCCAUACGACAGUGUCUCGCCAUAUUACUUGUGUGCAGUAAGCCAUCUUUUAGUUCAAGUCGCAUGCAUGUCAAAGUUUAACAAACAAUUAGUGUGUAUUAACUGUAUUUUAUCAUCAAUCGACAGUCAUUGAAGAUUGGUUGCUGUAUUCAGCUGAAGAUCAACAUUUGUAACACUAUAAAUGAUAUUUUAUAUAAACCAUGUAAUUGUUUAUGAUGCCUCGACCUUUGACAUAACCUUAAGUUUUGACAUACAUACUGUACAUGCACUUGAAACUACAAGAUGGCUUAUUAUAGACAUUUUCAUUAUUGAAAAAUUGUAUAAAUAAUUUCAAAUUCUUGCUUUUAUGAAGUCAGCAAGAUAGUAACAAAUAGAUGUAGAUUUACUAUGGUGCUAUUUUAUAAGUGUGAACUCAUUUUUGAAUUAUUACUGUGUUUGAAUAUAUUUACCUUUAAAAUAAAUGAUAAUACAGUACAAUACUACAUUUGUAUGUUCUUCAAAAUACAAAAUAUGCUGCAAUCGUUAUGAAAAUAUCAUGUAAAGUGGUUGUGUUGGUUGUAACAAGAAUCUUCACAAAAAAUAUUUACGAUUUCAAUAAAAUAAUACCAUGUCA